CGACGUCCUGCGCUGUACUACGCCUUGGAGCAGCGGUGGGGGCUGAAGAAGCUGUCGUGGCUUGUGGACAAAAGUUUGGGCGUUGUGCUGGAGAAAGACUCGGACGGACUUGCCAUUGUCACGCACGCUAUCGUGAAUAAAUGUCCUGAAGAACUCGUCAUCCGUCUUGCAGUAGCUGCAACCGCACGAUGUAUCAUCUCGGUCGAUGAGUUAUUAAGUGGCCAGCACUUCGAGAGCGCUCGUCGGGUGACGCGAAUGGAGUGUCUUGAUUCCUGUUCUGCGAGAUGCCAAGACGAUAUUUGCAACGUUGCUGACGAACCGCGCGAUGAUAUGGAGCAGAGUAACUUUACGCCAUACUUUUAUGUUGUGGAGAUAGCGAGUUUUUCGCCAACGUUUUGGCGCCGCUACGACCAAACGUGGUGGUUUGACAAGACCAAGACCAACGUCAUCGACGGAAUGUACAAAGUGGUCCAUCGCGGCUUUGGCACGAAAAGCACAAGCUCCAGAUUAGCAGAGCUCAUGAGCGAUCUUCGUAUCGACCCUGGCAUGCUAAACACAGUUUACGGGUUUUCUCGCUCCGAAACCUUUGAAGUGGUGGCGAAGCUUUCCCGUCGCGGCUGGAUGCAGCAGUACGUUCAGCUUCUAAAUCUACUUCACAUAGAGCGUUUGCUCAUUGUUGAUACAUUGAUACAGCUUUCUCAUGGACGAGUGGUUUGA